AUGGCCUUGAAGGCAGGUGACCAGAGCCAGGCUGCGAUGAACGGGCUGAGGGACAAGGUGCUGACUGUGGACACCAUGAACCAGUGUGUACGAAGGGUGGAGUACGCGGUGCGAGGCCCCAUUGUAAUCCGCGCCCUGGAGCUGGAGCAGGAGCUCCGCCAGGGCGUGAAGAAGCCCUUCACCGAGGUCAUCCGCGCCAACAUCGGGGAUGCACAGGCCAUGGGGCAGAAGCCCAUCACCUUCAUGCGCCAGGUCCUGGCCCUCUGUGUCAACCCUGAGCUCCUGAGCAGCCCCCACUUCCCCGAGGAUGCCAAGAGAAGGGCAGAGCGUAUCCUGCAGGCCUGCGGCGGCCACAGCCUGGGCGCCUACAGCAUCAGCUCCGGCAUCCAGCUGAUCCGCGAGGACGUGGCGCGAUACAUCGAGCGGCGCGACGGAGGCAUCCCCUCCGACCCCACAAACAUCUUCUUGUCCACGGGGGCCAGCGACGCCAUCGUGACGGUGCUCAAGCUGCUGGUGGCCGGCGAGGGCCGCACGCGCACGGGCGUGCUCAUCCCCAUUCCGCAGUACCCGCUCUACUCGGCCACGAUUGCCGAGCUCGACGCCGCGCAAGUCAACUAUUACCUGGACGAGGAGCGCGCCUGGGCGCUCGACGUGCUCGAGCUGGGGCGCGCGCUGCGCCAGGCGCGCGAACGAUGCCGCCCGCGCGCGCUCUGCGUCAUCAACCCCGGUAACCCCACUGGGCAGGUGCAGACCCGCGAGUGCAUCGAGGCUGUGAUCCGCUUCGCCUUCGAAGAGCGCCUAUUCCUACUGGCUGACGAGGUGUACCAGGACAACGUGUACGCCGAGGGCUCGCAGUUCCACUCGUUCAAGAAGGUGCUCACCGAGAUGGGGCCGCCGUACGCUACGCAGCAGGAGCUCGCGUCCUUCCACUCGACUUCCAAGGGCUACAUGGGCGAGUGCGGGUUCCGCGGCGGCUACGUGGAGGUAGUGAACAUGGACCCUGAGGUGCAGCAGCAGCUGCAGAAGCUGAUGAGCGUACGGCUGUGCCCGCCCGUGCCCGGCCAGGCCCUCCUUGACACGGUGGUCAGCCCGCCCGCGCCCUCCGACCCCUCCUUUGCGCAGUUCCAGGCGGAGAAGCAGGCGGUGCUGGCGGAUUUGGCGGCCAAAGCCAAGCUCGCAGAACGGAUCUUCAACGAGACUCCGGGCAUCUGCUGCAACCCGGUGCAGGGCGCCAUGUACUCUUUCCCCCGCGUGGAGCUGCCCCAGCGCGCAGUGCAGCGCGCGCAGGAGCUGGGACUGGCCCCGGACAUGUUCUUCUGCAUGCGCCUGCUGGAGGAGACUGGCAUCUGCGUGGUGCCUGGAAGCGGCUUUGGGCAGCGGGAAGGCACCUACCACUUCCGGAUGACUAUUCUGCCCCCCAUGGAGAAGCUGCGGCAGCUGCUGGAGAAGCUGAGCCAGUUCCACGCCAGGUUUACCCUCGAGUACUCCUGA